CGGUGGGGCGGCGGCGUCGGCGCUGAGGCUGAGCAAGAAGAAGCCAGGCGGGGGCGGUGGAACAGGUGCGGGCGGGGCGGCCUAGCCGUCCGCCGGCCCCGCUCACCCGCGUCGGCGCCCGCAGGUCGGUCGGAGGCCUCCGCCGCCGGGCUCCGCGGCGCAGUGGGCAUGCGGGCGAGGCCCGCGCGCGCGUGAGCGACGAUGGGGACGCAGGGCAGCCCGGUCAAGAGCUACGACUACCUGCUCAAGUUCCUGCUGGUGGGCGACAGCGACGUGGGCAAGGGUGAGAUCCUGGAGAGCCUGCAGGACGGCGCGGCCGAGUCCCCGUACGCCUACAGUAAUGGGAUCGACUACAAGACCACCACCAUCCUGCUGGACGGCCGGCGGGUCAAGCUGGAACUCUGGGACACAUCGGGCCAGGGCAGGUUCUGCACCAUCUUCAGGUCCUACUCCAGGGGCGCACAGGGGAUCCUUCUGGUGUAUGACAUCACCAACCGCUGGUCCUUCGACGGCAUUGACCGGUGGAUCAAGGAGAUCGAUGAGCACGCACCCGGGGUCCCCCGGAUCCUGGUUGGGAACCGGCUGCACCUGGCCUUCAAGCGGCAAGUCCCGACAGAGCAGGCGCGUGCCUACGCAGAGAAGAACUGCAUGACCUUCUUCGAGGUCAGCCCACUGUGCAACUUCAACGUCAUCGAGUCCUUCACUGAGCUGUCCCGCAUCGUGCUUAUGCGGCACGGCAUGGAGAAGAUCUGGAGGCCCAACCGAGUGUUCAGUCUGCAGGACCUCUGCUGCCGGGCCAUCGUUUCCUGCACCCCCGUGCACCUCAUCGACAAGCUCCCGCUUCCUGUUACCAUCAAGAGCCACCUCAAGUCCUUCUCGAUGGCCAAUGGCAUGAACGCUGUUAUGAUGCAUGGGCGCUCCUACUCACUGGCUACUGGAGCAGGGGGCGGCGGCAGCAAGGGCAACAGCCUCAAGCGGUCCAAGUCCAUCCGACCACCCCAGAGCCCACCCCAGAACUGCUCGCGGAGCAACUGCAAGAUCUCCUAGCUCGGCAGGCCGUGCCCAUCCAGAUGCACUCUGGGAGGGCUCACGCUUGGGGAGUGCUCCCGGCUGGGCGCUGGGCCCAGCGCUGUGUGCAGGGAAAACUUUGGCCACACAGUCCCUCCUGGGAAGCGUGGGGAUGCCCCUAGUAGGCUGGUGGUCUCAGCCAGACCAGCUCCACGGGACAGUGGAGGGCCAUGCUGCUGGGAUGGUGGCGGAUCACGCCCAGGACCCCGAGGUGUGGCUGCGAAGACCCCCGGAGGCGGCUCUGCCUGGCCCCAGCCUUGAGGGGGCUGUCCCUGGGGACUGGGAGACCAGGUUCCCUUCCUUAUUUAUGUAAAAGAUGGUUCACCCCUUUUGUACAUUUUUAAAGGACCAGCAGGGAAGCCUCCGUGCAACCACGCAGUGAGCCCAUGACAGCUGAGGGGACGAGCUUUGGGACAUUGGGAGAGAGGAGGUGUUUGAGGCAAAGAUGGGAAAGAAUCCACCAUCAAGGCUUGAAUUUGAAUUCAGAUAACACUUCACAUGGGGCUAUGGGCUGUGUGGGGGCCAGUGGAGAACAUGUGGAAGCUUUGGGCAGCAAUCUUGGACUUCCCAGCUACAUGCAUUGGCCUUUCUGAGCAUGGUGGUCAGUGUGCCCGCCAUGUGCUGAGGGUGCGGGCCCCAGUAGUCUGCGUGGUGGAGCUGCAGUUUCCAGGGCUCCCACCAGCCUUCCUGGAUGACAUCCGUGUGUGUCAUGGAGCUACGGGUUCAGAGCCAGGGGUGACUCGCAGGUUCCCACGUUGCUUGGAAAAGGGGAAGCGGGGUGCACCUCGCACGUCCCUCCCCAGCUCCCUCUGUCCCCACGUGGGGGCCAUCAACCUUCCUUCUGUGAUUCUGCACCUUCAGUUCCGUUUACAUCUGUUGCUGCAUGAAACUGGCUCAGCGUCUCUCCGAGUUGACACAGAGCUAUUUGUAGACAGUGCUCACUGGGGCCACCAGGCCCUGGGCAAGUCUGGACUGAGCCUGCCCCACUUGCCUCCUGGGGUGUCUAGACCCUUCUCUGGCCAGCUUCUGUCUUCUGACCUUGGGUGUGAUCCCAUAGCUGCUCCUCACCCAGUUUCACCCCUCUGUGAGGUCACACGCCACCAAAAUCUUUCUCACCCGUUUCUUAGUGGUGGACGCUGAGCCCCUCCUCGAGGACCCACCGGCCAGCCUGAGCUGGAGGCCUGGCCUCCUUCCGUCCACCUGGCUGGUGACGUGGCCACAGGUCACUGGUGCUCAACUCUACCUCCUGCCCAUGGGCCCCUCCCUGGCCUGUGACCCCCUUGCUCGGGACUGUUCUGUGGUGGGUGCCCCGAGGGCUGCUGUUAUGGGAGGUGAGGUGGGGAGGGGCUGCAGCGCCUGUGAGCAGGAUCCUGGCUGAGGCCUGGCUGCCAGCAGGGUUGGGUGGGCAGAGGAGGCCCCACCCAUCCUGUCCUGCCAGCAGGAGCCCCUUGUUUGGACAUUGUUUUGAGGAAACGGACGAUCCUGCAUUCACCAUAUCAACACUACCCUUUGCUGCUGUCCACACUUGCACUAUUCCUGGGCUCGUUUUGGACAGUUUUAGUUUCUUUGUAUAGUAAACAUAAUUCAGCUCUGGC